GACGUAUAUCCGGCCGUGUGAAGCGCGCGUUUUUCACUAAAUCCGAAAAAGAAAAUGUGGGAGAGACUGAAGGCCAUGGAUGACCUCCUGCGCUGUGGUAUCUGUUUUGAAUACUUCAACAUUGCCAUGAUGAUCCCUCAUUGUUCGCAUAAUUAUUGCUCUCUUUGUGUGAGGAAAUUCUUAUCGUACAAAACCCAGUGUCCGAUCUGUUGCGUGACUGCAACAGAACCAGAACUACGAAAUAACAGAAUAUUGGAUGAAUUGGUGAAAUGCUUUCGCUCUGCAAGAGAUCAGCUGGUGAAGUGCGAUUUGCAGCCUCCUCCAAUCUCACCUCAGGCAACACCAACAGAUGUAUCUGACAAGAAACGUUUGCAUGGUUCCAAAGCUCGUGCUAAGAUGAAGCAGGAGAUGACAUUUAUGGACAGCUUCCUAUCUCGGAGUCCUUCCUCCACACCCAUGAGACCAUCAGUGGGAAGGUCAAUAGAGAAACAAUGCCAUGAGGAACAGAAAGGCACUUGCUCAAAAUUGAUUACUGCUGCACCUAAUUGCUUGGCACACCGAGUGCAGGGGGGCACUGAUGUUACAGAACAGCCUUCAACUUCUGGAUUAAAGGAAAUAGUGAAAGUGAAUUGUCCAGUCUGUGCGGUUGCUAUUCCUGAAAAUAACAUUAACAGGCAUCUCGACAGCUGCUUGAUACAGGAAGAUAAGAAAGAAAGUCUCCGAAGCUCUGUGAAUCAAAGGAAACUGCUGCCUAAGCUAGUGUAUAAUCUGAUUUCUGAACGGGAUUUGAGGAAGAAGUUGAAGGAGUGUGGACUGUCAACUCAGGGCAGUAAAGCACAGAUGGUUAAACGACAUCAGGCAUUUGUGCAAAUGUACAACUCACAGUGCGACUCCUUAAACCCCAGAUCAGCCUUAGAGGUUGCUAGAGAAAUUGAAAGGAAUGAGAAGAUCCAAGCUCAGCUUGAAAGCAAAGCAAGUGAAAAGGUGAUGAAAUUCGCAAAGGACCAGUCAGAAGAAGAAAUCGAUGAAGUCCACAAAGAAUAUCGUGUAAAACACCAGAAGGAGUUUCAACAGCUGGUAGCUGAGGUGAAAAACAGAUGGAAAACUAAGGGGAAGAACAUGAAGAGCGACAAAAGCACCGAAGGACAGUGUUUAACGAUCACAGGAGAGGAUGUUAAGCAGUGCCAGGACAUAGACUGCAACAUACAAGAAGGGCAUCAGGAUGAACCACAAAUAUCAGAGAGCUCAGGCUCUUUUGCGACACCUGCUACUUUGACAGAAAAGCUUUGUUCAUUCGAUGUGGUCCCUGCUUCACCCUUGUCAAUAGCCAGCUCCAACUCUGAUAUUUGUAGAGAUCCUGAGUAUUCCCAGGAACCUACAGAAUCAAUAACCAUGGAAUUGUCAAAUGUGAAGACUCAGAAAAGGAAAAUGAGAGGAGAGCCCAGGAAAAGGAGUUCAGAAAACAAACGGACAAGGAAGUGAACAUUCCAACAUAAAAACAGGACAUGAGCUUCCAAUAAGACUCCCAAUUACUUACAAAACAAUAUGUAUUUUUAACCAGAAUAUGCUCAAUAUUCCACAAUAGAGAAUUAGCACCUAGGACUGAGCAUUCAUAUAAUUAAUCUCCAGAAUUGAUUUUGAAUGAUUGAAAAAAGGUGAGGAAUUUGCUUAGAAUGUUAUAUGCCAGACUGUUUCAUUGAAGGCUGAGCAACUGCAAUUUGCCUUCAAUUUUAAAGGCAAGUUCCUAGAUAUGUGCAAAUAGAUGAAACACAACUCGCUUGACUGGAAUCGGAGCUGAAAUAUUAACUACCUCAGUAUGCAGGGAAUAUUUCAGUGAAGACAUUGCCAACAAUAAUGUACAUAACUAACUGGCCAUUUUUUGUUUCCAGCUGCUCAUUACCUAUUGAUACAUAUA